UCCAAAUCUGCUCAUGUGGAGGUAAAGUCUUUGAACUUGAUUUUUUCUAAUGACAAUUUUGGGGUUUGAAACGCGUACAAAUUGUUUAUCGGAUAUUUUCAUUGCUUAGCAACAAACAGGGAAAUAUCCGAAAAAUAUCCGAAGUAAAACUCUCUUACUUGUACCACGUGACGGGAAAUGCCACCAUUUGAUUGGUUGAAAUUGGGAUGAAAAAAAUAAUCAAAAAUAUUUUACAGGAGGAACAAAAUAAAAAUUUACGGUGAUAAAAAGAAAACAUAAAAAAUCACACAAUAAAAUAGAGAACUAUUGGAUCAUGAACAGGAGUUAUCUAAAUCAUAUCAAAACAAUUCGACUAUGAACUUUAAUUAUUUAUUUAUCGCACGCAAAAGGUAUAUCUUUUCCUAUGAUAUCUCCAACAACGGCCUCUUAAUGACCAAAGUCUUCACACUCUGGACCCAUUUCACAAAAGGCCCUUGUUUAUUAAUUCCUUUCUGCUCUUCUCUGGUUCUAUUUAUCAAAACUAUUCCAAACAUUUCGAUACUAUUCAGAAAAAAAAACUAUAAAAUACUGACAUGGACUAAACACACCUACGGACAGACGAUUAAUGUUCCUCCACACAUACCAAAUACUUUCAAUAAGAGAAGACAAUUUUAGGACGUCUUUAAAUUCAAUAAAUCUCACAACAGCAAUUUUUCUUCAAAUUUCUUUUUCUGAAAUUAUAUUUUCCUCCCAGUGCAUUUCUUUUGGAUCUCAAAAAAUGCGAUAAAUUCUGUGAAGAAUAUUUUUACAUUUUUUCGAACAAGUGACCCAUUGUAAACAUCACCAAGAAAUACGGAAACACUUCGGCCGCUUAUGACCUACCCAAUCCAACACGUGGACAACCCAAUAGACACAAGGACCUCCUUCAAUGGUGACUCUCCAACGGUCUCUCGAGUAAACCACAUCGGAUUAUCAACUCAGCUACUUUUAUAUCGAGUCUUUCCUUUUGUAAAAAGGACAUACACCUCAAAUCUCGAAUCGAAUCGAACAUAUCGAAAUUCCGUAACACUUAUUCGUGAUUGGUAGAUACAUUCACAGCGGCAAAAUUUGAAUUUCACAAGUACACAAGUAUCAAGUAAAUCAAGUCAAAGGAUGAGUUAAUUAGUAGAAAAUAAAAACUUUGUUAGAAAAUGGAAAUGAAACAAGUUACUCAUCAAAUGUAAAUAUCUAUAUCUUAUCGAAACUCCUGUAUUUUCCAAGUCGUCUUACAGCUUCAAGACAUUUAAAAUUUUGCAUGUUGCCUACAAGUGGGAAAUAGAUCAGCUGUGAAUAUAUCAGCAAUUUUUAAAAAUCCAUGUUUACGAAAUGAUGACGUGUUCAACGUCAUACGCGAUUACUUCAGGAUCAUUUUGGUAUAAUUAUUUUGAAUUUAAAUAUUACAUUGACUUUUUAUAUCCCUAUAAUUCAACUGCUCUACUCAUACAGUAGUUAAAAUAAGGUGCGCUCACCGCAAAUGUGACUUAAAUAAAAAAUAUCACAACAAUUAAGAUCAACCAAAUCGCGCGCGGUGGCGCGCGACUAUGUCUCGUCUUUCCCUAAAAUCGCAUAUGUUAAAAACGUAAUAACGAUCGUGUCAUAUAAUUAAAUAAUGGAAGAUAUUUAUUUAUUUAUCACAAUUUCCUCAGGUGAAAAUGUAUUUCACCUGAAAAAUGGCCUCAGGUGAAACUAUUUUUUCCAGAAUUCAGUGAUUAUCGCAGACACGUAAAAGCUUGGAUUACAGUUACAAGCUAACGUCGGGUAACGGUCGAGGUGUUCCUCCUUGAGUGCGGCAAUUGGGUCAGCCGGUUGAAACACUUUUAUUAAUAAAAGCCUUCAUUUUUAAUGUUGUAUAUUCUUCCAUAAUUUCCGUGAUACGUUUUAUUCAGUGAUCAAUUAUCACGAUCGACUUUACUGCAAGUGGAUGUGGUGAAUUAAGUUGUGUAGCGGUUCUAAUAACGCUUCGACGACUCCAUAAAUGCUGAGAGCUGGUGCAUCAACAUCCUGGGGUGUGGCGGAAGUCUUCCAGAUUGGAUGAUUGGAGUGAAAUAGCGGCUUCACAAUAUCACAAGAACCACAAGCAACGAGGAAUAAAUAAAAUAUGAAAAUGUCUUGCUCCGAGGAGAGCUUCCGUUUGAAUGAUGCGGUAUCAGUCUGUUCAAUGAGGAGUAAAGCGAUGAUCGAUGCCCUCUUCGAGGACACCCGAUCCAUUUGCAGUUCUACGUAUUCAGGGUGGUAUGCGAGUGCUCGGGGGUGCUCGAUCAACCAUGAGGACACAAGUACCGAGGGCAUCAAAAGAGCCAACUGUGCUGUCCAGGCCAGGAUCGAGGCGAUGUUUGCGUCAGUUGAAGCCGAGACUGGAAAAGCUGGUGAAUGUGCUGCGGCGAUACUUCCGGUCAAGUAUUUGGGAGCAGCACCAGUGGGCGGUCGAGUCGCCAGUAUCCGGGGUCUCCAGGAGCCCCUGCGUCAGCUGCUAGAGCGCCUCGACACUGCCAUAUCGGCGGAGCUCGAGAUCUCCCGCCGAGGCCUGACCUUCCGCACCUCGGAGACGUUCGAGAAAACCAAUCCCUUCCGUCGGAUCGCGGUCUGGAGUGCCCUGAAGCUGCGCUCCCGCUCAAAAGCUCCCCAGACCCCCUGCGAUAUUCAUCACGCCUUCCUCCCCCUGGUCUCCGACGAUCCCUCUCCGCAGUCCGACGAAAAGUACUCCGACCUCUACCGGAGUAUGCGAGGUCUCGAAUCCAACGUCGAGAAGUAUCCCCCCGUCUUCGCUGUCAUCAUGAGGCGUCCAGGUGCAGUUCGUGUCCUCGAGUGUCACGCGUUCGCGUGUAAAACUGAGGAGGACGCCAUCGCGGUAGCCGCCACACUCUACCGCGCCCUUCUGGCUGAUCUGGACUCAAAUCGCCGUCGACCCAGACAGUCGAACGGUCUGGGCUGCGCUAGUCUGGCUUCAGUGGCCUCAAGCUACCUGGACCCCACCUCAGUCUUCAGUAAGAUUGACUACACGAAGACGAUCGCAUCACGACCGCUGCCCUCCCACCCGAUUCGUCCCCCCAGAACCAAAAAAACAUCGACGUCCGGAUCGACAACCGACGGAAGUUCGUCCGUCAUCAAAAAUAAGAUUCCCCGGCGGAAGAAACUGUCCGAAAUCAAACCUGAAGACGUUCUCGAGGCUCGAAAGCGCCGGACUUUGUCCGAAGACUCGAGAAGUGUCUUGCAGGAACUGAAAGACGACAAAUCAGUUGCUUCCGCGACAGGAACGAACAGAAGCUCGAAGGGACGAACUUCCAGGAGCCGAAACGAGGAUAUCAACAACAUGCGGAAUAAAUUGUACUCCGGCGAUGCUGCGGUGAUGAAGAGCAAUGAUGAGAACGUCAUCUACGUGGGAAAGAUGAACAGCUACGAGAGGAGCCCGAGGAAACCGAAGACUUUCGUGUCAGAACGGAAUUAUUCGUUUGUGGAGAAGAAUGGGAGCAUCGUCGGGGAGGUGGUGGUCACCACAGAGGCUCAGCUGUAUGAUAAGAAUCAGGGGAAGUCCUUUGAAGUUGGAAAGUGUUCGUCCAUUUAUUCAGGUGGAUUUGGACCGCAGGGAGAGGAUGAUCAGUCCAAGAGCUGUGAGAACUCGAUUUAUGAGCGGCCGAUUGAGAGGAAGCUCAGCAGCCGGGAGAAGUUGUAUGAGGAGCACUUCAGGGACGCCGAUAAGAUAUUCAGUGUCGAGCAGGAGGAGAUGACAUCGCCGAGGAAUAAGCAUCAAAGGAGGGCCCAGGCACCGCAGGACAACGUUAAUGGGAACAAAAGUUGUGGGAAAUAUGACCGCGGAAACGACCGCGUCGGGGAGGAAAGGGCGGGCGCGGGGGGUGGGGACGAGAACCAGAGGCGGAACGACAGGAACUCGAGGAUUGAUGGACUCUCGAGGGGAUCCGGGGAGGAUAGGAGGAAGGGCGGUUGCGGUCAUGGGAGGGAACGGAAGAAGAGGAAUCGGGCGGGGAGCGAGCCGCCUUUGAGCAGAACUGAGGACGCGGGGAAGAAAUUGGAGGUGAAGCUGAAGAGGUCCCAGAGCGAUCUGGAGGAGAGGGGGGACCUGAUGACGAGGGUGGAGUUACCCAGGAGGGGGAGCUUCCUGAAACCGGGGGCGCCGAGGUUGCCGAAUAAUGUCAAUGGGGGAACGCCACUUGGGUUCACGGAGUUGUUUGAUGAGUUCAGGAAUCAGGAGGGACUGACUAGUGUUGAUGAUAUUUUGGCUACGAUUAUUGAUCCUGAAGGAAUGUCCUUCAACGAACUGAAGCCCCUCUACAAGGAAUUUCUCUUGAAGCUAGCGUCAACAUUAACUCAAGACGAACUUUACCAACGGUCAGCCAACAUAAUGAAGCGCCGGAGAAGACCCUCCCGACGACGAUCGAUGAGGAAACCGUGCCUCCUGGGUCGGGCGAUCAAACGAUCAGUAUCAAAAAUCAAGACCGGACCAACCGAGUUCACGUCUGUUAUUUUCCCAGCGAGAAAGUUCAACGAGAAUUUUGACAGCAGCUCCUCCUGCGAUGCCAGGAACAGCAGGAGAGUAUUGGCCAGUAGACUGAGCAGGAGGAGGUCCUCCUGGAAGAGGACGAAGGGUUUGACUACCUCCGAGGACAGUGACACAGGUCGCAGAAUGGGUCGUAAUACCGGAGCAGGAGCUAAUAGAAGUAGCAGCGGUUACGUAAGCUGCAGUGAAUGCAGCUAUGACUCUGAAUCAUGCACCUGCAUAUCAGCGGACAAAUGCUACUGUUCAUUACCCCGAAGAUCACCACCACAGAGUUCAAGCAACAAUGCAAUUGUCUGCGGUUGCGACACUGACAGCUGCUCCGAGAGCAACAAGUGUUACUGCCCUCGACGUACCAUUCAACCCAGUAUUAUGGAGCAAUUGAGACAACGUGGGAUUGUUCCAUCAGAGGGUACAUUGUCGAGAGGUGGAAGUCCCGAGAGAUACAGAGUAUCAAGAUCCUCCAAGGGUCAAACAUCGUCGAGGAGCCUCGAGUACACAAACAUAAGACCAUCGCCAGGCAGAAGCAGUUCGGACAAUUUAGCCCUAGAUUAUGAGCUCUUCAGUCCUGGAAAAAAAUCCCAGUGUUCAGCUGGCAGUGAGAAAGUCCUUGUGGUGAGCGCUCGUGAUCCUCAGGGACGAUUGGUCUACGUGGGUGGAGCAGAGAGGAAGAAAAAAUCAUCGUCCAGUGGAGCUCACAGGACUGGAGCUCAUCAUGAAGCUUUAUCAAUAAAAAAAAGUGCUGAAAUUGCUGCUGUCUUUGGUGACUCGACUGUCAGGGGCUGCAGAAGGACCGAUAGUUUCUCCAGCAUGAGAAGCUCCAUCAGUCUAGAAGCUGGACUUGGAUAUUUACCUUAAUCACUUUAUUUAUUAUUACAAUUUUUAGUUGAGAGUGAAGAUGUCAGGGAGAAAAAAUCAUUGAAUUUGGGAGGAAUUUAUUUACUGUUUAUUCUGAGAAUGUCUCGAACGAGAGGUCUCGGUAGAAAAAUUAGCGAAAGAUAUUUUAAGAGAAAAAUUUUAUGAAGUUCAACAAAUCUUUUGAGGGAAAAUUAUGUUGAAAACUGAAAGUAUCUGGAUUUUUUCGCAACAAAAUACGGAAUGCAGUAGUAAAAUUGUAAGAGGAGAUAAAUAACUUUGAGCGUUGGGGACAACAGUGUUUAAUAAAUGCUAAGUAUUCAAAUACCUUCGGCCUUGAUAUUUUCCACGUCCUGAGUAACGAAGCAUUGGAAUAUUUUGGAUUUUGUAUAUGCAAAGUAAUUAGGUAUUUAAGUAUUUUGUAUUUAUGAUCAAUCAGAAUGCUGAAUAUUUUGGUAUUUAUUACUUGACAGAUGUCUAAAUAUCAAGUAAAAACGUAUUUGGUAUUCAUGAUGGAUCAUGUCCUCCUCUUUUCGCAGUGAGAGAUAAUGUUUUGAGUAUAUGUAUUAGGUUUCACUGUUUCAUUAAAUGUAGAAGUACCUUUUAAUUGAUUAUGGGAAUUCAAUUCUAAUUAAUAUGAGGACAUUCGUUUUUUUCCUAUAUUAAAGAAGAAUUUUUUCCAGAAUCAUUUACUUUCUUGGGGGCUUCGUUUUAAUUACGAAGGAAUGAAAAUCUUCACAUAAAUCUAUCUCUACCUAAAUUAGAAUUAAAUUCCAAUAAGCAAUUAAAAGCUACUCCUAAUUUAAUCGAAAAAGUGGAAAGCGAUUUAUACAAGAAGAACAACAGCUCGCAUUUCAAAAAGAUGAGGCCUUUAUUCAAGUCAGCAUUAAAUUCUAAUAAUGGAUUUGAAAGGAUGAGAAGGUGGGGUGAUAAACAAUCCUUUAAAGUAGCCUCUUAAUCAUUCAAAGAGAAAAGUUUGACUGCUCUUACAUUUAGUAUCUCCAGGUAAUUCAACUUGAUCUACUGAUGUGAAUUUAAAGUCUUCAUUUGAUACAAAACCACCGAGUGAGUUAAGUUGACUCAAAAUUAGUGGUGCCCCAUCAGGUGCAACUCAAGUGCAUUCUUCUUCCCCACAUUACAAAUUACGAUCACAUAACAAUAAUAAUAUCAUAACUCAGUUUUUCUAUGAUAUUUUUAUUCCAUAACAAGAUUGAUUUUCACCUCUGCAGCGUUAAUUGUUCGUGAAAGCGAGUGUUAUUAUCGGUCUUUUAAUGUUUAAGGGAAAAUCGUCGAAAUGAAAAUCGAAAAAAAUGCCAAACCCCUUGCUCUUCUAAUAAAAAUGAAUCCGGUACUUAGCAUUUUCAUUUUUAAUAUUAUAAAUAAAUAUUUCAAUGGGCUCUGUAAAAAUGACAAUUUUAAUUUUCUUUUUUUACACAAAUCGGUGUAGAAAGUCGAGCUGGAACUUUCAAAAGAAAUUUCAAAAUUUCUUAAAGAAUAUUCUCAAAAAAAUUAAACCCUAUUUUCCAUGUCCGUCAAUUCUAUUCUCAAAUUCCUUGAGUAUUAAAUAAAAUAAAUAUAUUAUUUUUAACUGUCAAACGCAAUUACGAUCGCCCCCCUAUCAGUUACCGAAUUAAAUAUUUCGACAUUUUUUAACAUUUGGACGUUUUCAAUCUCCUGCGCUCUUUAAAAUUCGAUGGAAUAUAACUUUUUCCUUGUGUUCAGGCUUUGAAAGGAAUAUCAUGGUAGCAAAAUUCAAGAACUUUCAAGUUUCAACGUCUUAAUCUUCCCUCAAAACCCCCUCCAAUAAAUCUACUGGUGUUAAACCCAUUUACAGAAUAAUCUGCACAAGAUCUAAAAUAUCCAGUUUUACCAAUUUACUGCAUUUUUUUAUUUUUCACUGAAUUGCGUGAUAUCUUCAGGAAAAUUCAAUGGACAAGUACCUGCAAACGUAAUGUUAAGGGAAUCUCUGUAGUUGAAUAAUCUCUUUUUCUCCUUUUUUUAUUUGAUUUUUAACUGAAGCGAAGAAUAAUGCUUUCACCACGAGGGUGAGAUUU